AUGGCUCAAAUGGUUGGUUCAGAUGACAUAGAGUCACUGAGAAUUGAGUUGGCAGAGAUUGGAAGGAGCCAGAGGUCUUCAUUCAGGCGCCAAACAUCAAAUUUCAGAACCGGCUCAGUGAGGAGUGACAAUGAUGCUGAUAUUGAAUAUGCUAUGCAGUGGGCUACCAUUGAGAGAUUGCCUACUUAUGAUAGGCUGAAAUCAUCCUUGUUCGACGUUGAUACCGUAGGAAAAAGUGUGGUUGAUGUAACCAAGCUUGAUCCUCUUAAGAGGCACACUCUUAUAGAGAAGCUCAUCAAGCACACUGAACAUGAUAACCUCAAGUUGCUGAACAAAAUCAGAGCAAGAAUUGACAAAGUUGGUGUAGAGUUGCCUUCUGUAGAGGUGAGAUUUAAGAAUUUGGGUGUGGACGCUGAGUGUGAGCUUGUCCAGGGAAAGCCACUUCCAACUCUGUGGAAUUCUGUUAAAUCUUCACUUUCUGCUUUUUCAAGGUUUCCAGGUACGAAGUCAAAAGAAGCAAAGAUAAACAUCAUUAAUGAUAUCAGUGGCAUCAUAAAGCCUGGAAGGAUAACUCUUCUUCUUGGCCCCCCAGGUUGUGGGAAGACCACACUUUUGAAGGCUCUCUCAGGAAAUCUUGACAAAUCUCUAGAGGUGACUGGGGAAAUUUCCUACAACGGUUACAGGCUAGACGAGUUUGUUCCCCAAAAAACUUCAGCAUAUAUAAGCCAAGAAGACCUGCAUAUGGCAGAAAUGACAGUGAGGGAAACACUCGACUUUUCAGCCCGAUGUCAGGGUAUCGGAAGCCGAGCAGAUAUCAUGCUUGAGGUCAGUAGAAGAGAGAAAGAAGCCGGAAUUGUGCCAGAUCCAGAUGUGGAUACUUACAUGAAGGCGAUUUCUGUUGAAGGACUAGAAAGAACUCUUCAAACAGACUAUGUUUUGAAGAUCCUUGGACUUGAUAUCUGUGCUGACACAAUGGUUGGAGAUGUCAUGAGAAGAGGUAUCUCUGGCGGUCAAAAAAGGAGAUUGACUACAGCGGAAAUGAUUGUUGGUCCAACAAAAGUUCUAAUGAUGGAUGAAAUAUCAAAUGGUUUAGACAGUUCAACGGCAUAUCAAACUGUUGCUUGCCUCCAGCAGAUGGUGCAUAUCACAGAUGCUACAGCCCUGAUUUCACUUCUUCGUCCAGUGCCUGAAACCUUUGAACUCUUUGACGACAUCAUUUUGAUGACAGAAGGAAAGAUUGUGUAUCAAGGACCACGGGAUAAGGUUAUAGAGUUUUUUGAGGACUGUGGAUUCAGGUGUCCUGAAAGAAAAGGUGUAGCUGACUUUCUCCAGGAGGUGAUAUCCAAGAAGGACCAAGCACAAUACUGGUACCACACAGAAGAUCCCUAUCAUUAUAUUUCAGUUGAUGUGUUCUGCAGGAAUUUCAAGGAAUCUUCUCUUGGUAAGAAGCUAUAUGAAGAUCUCUCAGUGCCAUUUGAUAAUUCAAAAAGCCAAAAGAAUGCUCUUUCCUUCGAUGUGUAUUCUCUUUCGAAAUGGCAAUUGCUUAAAGUUGGCAUGUCAAGGGAGUUUCUUCUCAUGAAGAGAAAUUCUUUUCUCUAUGUAUUAAAAACUGUCCAGGUUAUCAUCAUUGCACUUAUCACAAUGACUGUCUUCAUAAGGACUCGGAUGGACAUUGAUGUUCUUCAUGCCACUUACUACAUGGGAGCCCUGUUCUUUGGACUAGUAAUACUUCUUGUUGGUGGUAUUCCAGAGUUGAGUAUGACUACUGCAAGACUUCCGGUUUUCUAUAAACAGAGAGAACUGCGCCUCUACCCUGCUUGGGCAUAUGCAAUUCCAAUAGCUAUUCUGAAAAUUCCCCUUUCACUGAUUGAAUCUGUAGUUUGGACAUGUCUUACCUACUAUGUCAUCGGAUACACCCCUGAGGCCUCGAGGUUUUUCCAUCAGCUCAUUCUAAUUUUUGCUGUGCACUUGACAUCAUUAUCCAUGUUCCGAUUUGUGGCAUCAGUCUGUAAGACUGUAAGUGCUGCUAUGACAGCCGGUGUUCUUGGGCUACUACUCGUCAUGAUAUUUGGUGGCUUCAUUAUCAAACAUCCCUCUAUGCCAGUGUGGUUAAAGUGGGGUUUUUGGGUUUCUCCUCUUACAUAUGCAGAGAUAGGCGUUUCAGGAAAUGAAUUUCUUGCUCCUCGGUGGCAAAAGGUGAGUCUCUCAAAUGCUACAAUUGGGAAAGCAGUACUUGACAGCCGUGGACUAAACUAUCAAGGAUAUUUCUUAUGGAUAUCACUUGGUGCCUUGUUCGGAUUUGCUCUACUUUUCAACUUUGGCUUUGUCUUGGCGUUAAGCUUUUUGAAGCCUCCUGGAUCAUCUCGUGCCAUGAUUUCACGGGAAAAAUUUGACGAGAUACAAAGAAGUCCAAGUUCCAAUGACGUGGAUCUUGUAGAAAGAAAUACUGGAAAUAAACCUAAUCAAGCAUCUAAUAAAGGCAGGAUGGUUUUACCUUUUCAACCACAUACACUAACAUUUCAGAACAUGAACUACUUUGUUGACACCCCUCUGGAAAUGAGAAAACAAGGCUUUGCAGACAAGAAACUCCAGCUACUUUCUGAUGUUACGGGUGCAUUAAGGCCCGGUGUUCUUACAGCACUAAUGGGGAUUAGUGGAGCUGGGAAAACCACUCUUUUGGAUGUUCUUGCAGGAAGAAAAACCACUGGCUAUAUUGAGGGGGAUAUUAAAAUUGGCGGGUAUCCAAAGGUUCAAGAAACAUUUGCCAGAAUUUCAGGUUACUGUGAGCAAACUGACAUACAUUCUCCUCGAAUCACAGUAGGAGAAUCUCUGAUGUUUUCUGCAUGGCUCCGGUUGUCUCCUGAGAUUGACUCAAAAACUAAAGCUGCAUUUGUAAAUGAAGUCCUAGAGAUCAUUGAGCUUGAUGCAAUUAAGGAUUCUUUAGUUGGCUUGCCAGGCGAUGGUCUAUCAACGGAGCAACGCAAGCGCCUCACAAUAGCUGUUGAACUUGUUGCCAAUCCCUCUAUAAUCUUUAUGGAUGAACUCACAACUGGUUUAGAUGCACGAGCAGCAGCGAUUGUCAUGCGAGUUGUGAAGAAUUUAGUUGAGACCGGAAGGACAAUUGUGUGCACUAUCCACCGACCAAGUAUUGACAUAUUUGAAGCUUUUGACGAGUUGAUCCUUCUGAAAAGGGGUGGGCGUGUCGUCUAUUCUGGAGAAUUAGGAAGGCAUUCCAGCAAGCUUAUAGAAUAUUUCCAAAGUAUCGGUGGGGUACCGAAGAUUAAGGAUAAUUAUAAUCCGGCAACAUGGAUAUUAGAACUCACUUCUCCAUCUGCAGAAGCUAAACUUAAUGUCGAUUUUGCCGAAAUAUACAAAGAUUCUGUUCUAAAUGAAAAAAAUAAAGAGCUCGUAAGCGAGUUGAGUACUCCACUUCCCGACUCCAGAGAUCUGCAUUUCCCAACACAAUUCUCACAAAACUUUUGGGGGCAACUCAAGAAUUGCCUGUGGAAACAGUACUUGUCUUAUUGGAGAAGCCCGUCAUACAACUUGCAUCGAAUCACUCACUUACUGAUAGCAUCCUUUCUUUUUGGUGCACUCUUUUGGAACAAAGGAAGAAGCAUGAAUGACCAGCAGAGUUUAUUCAGCAUAUUAGGUUCAUUAUAUGUUGCUGUAAUAUUCUUGGGCAUAAGCAACUGUUCAUCGGUCAUGUCACAUGUUGCAAUAGAGCGAACUGUUAUGUAUCGCGAAAAAUUUGCAGGGAUGUACUCCCCAAAGGCUUAUGCAUUUGCGCAGGUGGCAGUUGAAAUUCCCUAUAUCUUUGUUGAAGCAAUUUUGUUUGUACUAAUCACUUAUCCGAUGAUGGGAUUUUACUGGUCGGUGCAUAAGAUUUUGUGGAAGUUGUAUGCCAUGUUCACGACAAUGUUGUACUACAAUUAUUUGGGCAUGCUCCUUGUGGCUUUGACACCAAAUGAAACGGUUGCUGCUAUUCUAUGCUCAGUUUUCUAUACUUUGUUCAAUCUAUUUUCAGGAUUUGUCAUGCCUCAACCGCACAUUCCAAAGUGGUGGAUUUGGUUGUAUUAUUUAAUUCCUACUUCGUGGACUCUAAACGCUAUGAUCACUUCAGAAUAUGGAGAUAUCAGCAAGGAAAUUACUGUGUUUGGGGAAUCAGUAAGUGUAUCUUCCUUCAUCAAAGAUUAUUUCGGUUUUCGCCAUGAUCGUUUGGCUAUUACUGGUGUUGUUCUUGUUGCAUUUCCCCUGUUUUAUGCUUCUCUCUUUGCAUAUUUGAUUGGACGGUUGAACUUUCUCAGAAGGUAAAACGUCUGGAGAGGAUGCAAAUUAGCACAAUAUUACUGUAAAUGGUUAUGUUGUAACUUUUUUAAAUCUGCACCAAACGUAUUAUUGGUAAUUAUAUUUUUAAUACUUUAUCU